AACAAUACCCCAUUUGUUGCAUUCGUUAAAAGCCGUCCCUUUCCCCAUCACCGUCAUCCGUCGCCGGCCCUCCCCGUCCUCCACCCAAAGUUUGUAUCAAGGUCAUGGAUCCCGUAAGAGGACAUGGUGGCAUUCAUAUGCUGCUAGCUGCUGAGCAAGAGUCCCAGCAGAUUGUCUCUAGCGCCAGAAACUUGAAGACUGGAAGGUUGAAGCAGGCAAAGGAUGAAGCUGAGAGGGAAGCUGCUGCCUAUCGUACCUCUUUAGAGGAGGAUUAUCAAAGAAAAGUUUCCGAGAGCACUGGUAGUUCUGGAUGGAAUGUGAAAAGGCUUGAGAAGGAAACAGAGACUAAGAUCCAGAACUUGAAGAAUGCUUCAUCAGCUAUCCAUGCAGAUGUAAUCAACAUGCUGUUGAAGCAUGUCACAACAGUUCAAACCUAGCAA